AUGUGCCGGUUGGCUGUUGAGCGUUUCGCCAAGGCAAGUGAUAAUGCCCUGAUUCUCACUGAUAUCAACCUCUCCACGCUCGAGACGACGGUCGCCAAACUCAAUCUUCUAGCUUCCCGCAUCUCUACGAAGCAGUUGGAUCUCUUUGACCGAACCGCUCUGCUCGAAGCAAUCAAGGGCGCCGCACUGGUUGUGCUUGGUGCAGGGCAUUAUACGCGCACUUCGGAACCCGUACUUACCGCGUGUCUGGAAGCAAAGGUGCCUUACCUUGAUUUUGAUGACGAUGUGGAGAGCACUCAAGCCGCUCUUGCUCUCCAUGAGCGUGCAAAGGCGGAAGGCGUGCCGUGCUACAUCGGAUGCGGCGCUUCCCCAGGCAUGUCCAACGUGAUGGUUCUUGAUGUCACUGCAGAGCUCGACACCGUCGACUCAAUCGACAUUUGCUGGAGUGUCAGCGACGGAAAGGGCAAAACCAGCAAGGCGGUCUUGGACACUUGA